GAGACCUACGGCCCGGUGGGGCGAUGCAGUGGUGGUCAGUAGGUGUGGUCCUGAUGGUGGCCACUUGUGCGGGUCCGGCUCUGGCCGCCCCGGCCCCAUGGGGAGGUAGACUGGAGGAAGGAGCGGGCCCAGAGUGGCCUCCUCCCCAGAGGGUAACAGCCCGGGUUCCCUCGGUACCGAAUGUGGUGCUGGUGGUGAGCGAUUCUUUCGAUGGGAGGCUCACAUUUCAUCCAGGAAAUCAGACAGUGGCACUUCCUUUUAUAAAUUUCAUGAAGAAACAUGGUACCCUUUUUCAUAAUGCAUAUACAAACUCUCCAAUCUGUUGCCCAUCACGUGCAGCAAUGUGGAGUGGCCUCUUUACUCAUUUAACUGAAUCUUGGAAUAAUUUUAAGGGCCUGGAUGAAAAUUACACAACAUGGAUGGACCUCUUGCAAAAAUCUGGCUACCGUACACAAAAGUUUGGAAAAUUAGACUAUACUUCAGGACAUCACUCCAUUAGUAAUCGUGUGGAAGCAUGGACAAGAGAUGUUGAUUUCUUGCUUCGUCAGGAGGGCAGGCCUGUGGUUAAUCUUAUCCCUGAUAAGACAAAAACAAGAAUAAUGGAAGAAGACUGGCAGAAUACAGAUAAAGCAGCAAGCUGGUUAAGAAAAGAAGCAAUUAACUUUACUCAACCAUUUGUUCUUUAUUUGGGGUUAAAUUUACCACAUCCUUAUCCAUCACCAUAUACCGGGGAAAAUUUUGGGUCCUCCACAUUUCAGACAUCUCCUUAUUGGCUUGAAAAAGUAUUUUAUAAAGCUAUCAAAAUUCCAAAGUGGUCUCCUCUGUCAGAAAUGCACCCUAUAGACUAUUAUUCUUCCUACACUAAAAACUGCACUGGGCAGUUCACAAAGAAAGAAAUUAGAGAUAUUAGAGCAUUUUAUUAUGCCAUGUGUGCUGAGACAGAUGCCAUGCUUGGUGAGAUUAUUUUGACUCUUUACCAGUUAAAUCUUCUUCAGAAGACUAUUGUUAUAUUCACCUCUGACCAUGGUGAGCUGGCCAUGGACCAUCGCCAGUUCUAUAAAAUGAGCAUGUACGAAGCAAGUUCGCAUGUUCCUCUGCUGAUGAUGGGGCCCAGCAUUAAAGCAAACCUCCAGGUCCCAGAUAUGGUAUCUCUUGUAGAUAUUUACCCCACGCUGCUAGAUAUCGCUGGAGUUCCUCUUCCUCUCCAUCAGAACCUGAGUGGAUAUUCUUUGAUUCCAUUAUCAUCAGAAGCUUCCAGGAAUAAUUCUAAAUCCACAAGGCCACGCCCUCCCUGGAUUCUGAGUGAAUUCCACGGCUGCAAUGUGAAUGCUUCCACCUAUAUGCUGAGAAUUGGCAAAUGGAAAUACAUAGCUUACUCUGAUGGUGCCUCAUCACUUCCUCAACUCUUUGAUCUUUCUUCAGAUCCAGAUGAAUUAAUAAAUAUAGCCACAAGGUUUCCAGAAAUCACUCAUUCUCUGGACCAAAAGCUUCGAUCCAUUAUAAACUACCCUGUGGUUUCUGCUUCUGUCCACCAGUACAACAAGAAAGAGUUUAUCAGUUGGAAAGACAGCUUAGGACAAAACUAUACAAAAGUUAUAGCAAACCUUAGGUGGCACCAGGACUGGUUGAAAGAACCAAGGAAGUAUGAAAGUGCAAUUAACCAAUGGCUUAAAACCAACACUAAUUUAUAAAAUAUUUGUACAAAAAUGUGUAACAAUAUGUUCUACUUAUAUGCUUUUAUAUCUUUAUAUGAGUGGUAUAAAUAUGUAUACAAUUACAACAGUCUUUAUCCCUAAAGGUAUAGUGAAAUUUGGUAAUUAAGUGAUCAUUAGCAGUCAAAGCAAUUUUAUUAAAUACUGAUAUAUUUUAAAAUAGAAGCUGGAUGUUUAUAGAAUUAUGUUUUCUAAUGUAGCUGCCAUCAAGUGCUGAUAUUAAACAGCUUAAAUAAAAUAUGAAAGAACAACUAUAUAGUUACAAAUACUCUAAUACAAAGAUAAUACCUCCAUGAGAUGUUUUAACAUUUAUUGAAUCAUUAAAGUUUAUUAUAUAUCAAAUAAGAACAGCCAUAAGAUCAUAGGUUUAGAGCGAGAAGAUGAAGAGUCUGGUGCCUUAUUUUGUAGAAGAAUGUGAAGCCCACUGAAGUUACUUACAUAACUUGCCCAGCAUCACCAAGGCAGUAAGUCAGAAGACUCAUUAGACUGUGAAUCACUUCACUCCUUGAAUAUGUUCAUUCUUUUGGCAUGCUGGAUUGAAGCUUGUGAGCCUGGGGAAUUGGAUUUGUUGAGAGUAGCAGGAACCUAGAUCCAACCUUAACUAUGUUAUCAUUGUAGUUACUUUGAAAAAUGUUCUGCUGAAGUACUUUUUACAAAUGAAUAAAAGUGGGAUUCCAUUCUUUGAAUUUGUUUAUAUUUCAACAGUUCUUCAAUCAUGUUUACUGCCAUUCUGUGAAUUCUCUUGAAUGUCUUUUAUAUUUAUGCUAAUAAAUGUCCCUAUUACAAA